AUGGGGAAGUCCAACCUGGAUCUUAUCAAUGAGUGUGAUGCAUUCCCUUACUACCAUGACAACCCCGCAGACUAUCAGAAAUAUAUAGCAAACUACCAUGCAUUCAAGAUCUCUGGCUACAAUGAAACUUUUGGACUCGUCCUCAACUCUAUAGUGGAGAAAUUCCCCUGGCCAAAGGAACACUGGGACGUUGACAGUGAAUCACGGACGGUUACACUGCUUGUUCCCAAGGGUGCUACGGAGGCCGAGCGAAGUGCCGUCCUAGCCCAGACUCUAGAGACAGCUGCGAAGAGUGGGAAUUUUGAGGUUCUCAAGGGCUGGCGGAAUGAGCUAUACCCAAUCUACGGCCCGCAAAAGGAACUGGUUGCCAGUGUUGAACGAGCGGGUAGCAGCCUGUUUGGGAUUCUGAGCUAUGGAGUUCAUAUGACGGCGUAUACCAAAGACCCGGAAAAGGGUAUUCAGAUAUGGGUUCCAAGACGUUCGAGGACAAAGCAGACGUAUCCCGGAAUGCUAGACAAUACCGUUGGCGGUGGGAUCGCUACCGGAGAAGAACCCUUUGAAAGCCUGGUCCGCGAGGCGAUGGAAGAAGCAUCACUUCCAGAAGACAUCGUGCGACGAGACGCAAAGUCCUGUGGAUGCAUAACGUAUACCUAUGUCCGUGACGAGAGGGCCGGUGGUGAGACAGGACUGUUGCAGCCGGAAUGCGAGUAUGUCUAUGACCUGCCGCUCGACCCUAGUGUGGUGCUCAAACCGUGCGAUACCGAGGUGGAGGAGUUCCAGCUAUGGAGUAUCGAACAGGUAAAGGAGGCAUUGUCGAAUGGCGAAUUUAAACCAAAUUGCGCCCUUGUUCUCAUAGAUUUCUUUAUCAGACACGGGUUCCUCACGCCGGAGAACGAGAGGGACUAUCUAGAAAUAUUGGCAAGGAUACAUCGCCGCCAUGAAUUCCCUACUGCCUAA